GAUUGGUUUGACUUAGUCAGAAAGAAAGUAGUUUACUUUCUUAGACAUCUCUUGUGACUGAUACAAUAAUACAGGUGAAAUCCUUGUUCUUUCAUAAGCUUGGACUUUCUUGAACAAAAUCCAGCCCUCUCACCCUACAUUAACCUCGUAAUUUUCUUAUUGAAACCCUUCAGAAAUUUCAUAUAUGUGUCUGGUUUAAGUUCAAUAUUUUCAUGUCAAACUUAAUGCAUUUCUCAUUCAUUCUUCCUCUGCAGCCUUCACCGAACUGACAAUUAUGCAAUCGAUGAUGUUAGAUGCUAGUUUCUUACUCUUGGUUUCAUGUAUUCUUCAUUUUUACUACCUUUCUAAAGGCCAAGAAGUUACAUACUGUGAUAAUUCCAUGAAUUACACUUCUGGGAGUGCCUAUCAGCAGAACCUAAAUCUUACCCUCACUUCAUUAGCUGCAAAUGCUUCUUUAACAGGCUACUAUAUCUCUACUGUGGGGCAGAACCCCAAUCUGGUUUAUGGACUCAUAAAUUGUCCAGGUUUUAUAUCCAACGAAGUUUGCAAAACCUGUGCAAAUUCUGUCACUACAAAGAUCAUCCAACUGUGUCCUAACCAGAAGUCUGCUUCUGUAUGCAACGAGAAUUGUUCGCUACAGUACUCGGACUCGCAAUUUUUCUCAACUGCUGACAGUGCUAUAAGGCUUUCUGUUUUCAGCUCGCAGAAUGCAGAUGACCCCUUUCUUUUCAGGAGUCAAUUAGGAAGUUUGCUUGGGAACAUCUCAAACAACGCUGCAGCUGACACUUCAAGAUUAGCAGUUGGGAGGACUAGUUACACAAGUUCUAUUUACAUAAAUGGUAUGGCUCAGUGCACCAGAAACUUAACAGGAUCUGAAUGUCUUCUCUGCCUUCAAAUUAUUAUCAGCUAUAUUACAUCGCUUUCGAGUGACAGUGUAGGUUUUCGGGUAUAUACUCUCAGCUGCAAUAUUCGCUACGAGAUAUAUUCAUUCUUUUCAUUGUCAUCACUGCCACCACCUCCUCCUCCUCCUCCAUCAACUCCAACUCCUCCUCCAUCAACUCCAACUCCUCCUCCAUCGGUCCAACCCAAUUCAACAGCAACUGCAACAAAUGAUUCAACUAGUAAUGAUGGAAAAAGUCCCAACACUGUUGGUACCGUGGUCAUAUCAGUUGCCGUUACUUUGGCAGUGAUUACAGCCAUUCUUUGUGGUUUCUUAUUUUGGAAAAAGCGAAAGACAAAGAGAGUUGGUGACAUAGUUCAUCAUUCUAGACAUGAUGACAGCCAACCAUGUAGCCCUGGUGCUGAUGAAGAAGGUUAUACUACCAUAGAUUCACUUUCAAUUGGACUAAAUACACUCAGGGAAGCAACUGGAAAUUUCUGUGAUGAAUAUAAGCUUGGACAAGGUGGCUUCGGUCCAGUUUACAAGGGAAAACUACGUAACGGAACGGAAAUUGCUGUAAAAAGGCUUUCAAAUAGCUCAAGACAGGGUUUAGAAGAGCUCAAAACAGAAGUACUGUUGGUUGCUAAACUGCUCCAUCGGAACCUGGUAUGGCUGUUGGGUUUCUGCUUAGAAGAAGAAGAGAAGCUACUUGUCUAUGAGUACCUGCCUAAUGGGAGCUUGGACAAAGUCUUAUUCGAUCAAAAUAAACGGUGUAGUCUGGAAUGGGAGCGACGACACGAAAUCAUCAUUGGAAUUGCGCGAGGACUACUUUACCUGCACGAAGACUCUCAGCUCAGGAUUAUUCAUCGAGAUUUGAAAGCUAGUAAUAUCCUGUUAGAUGAAUCUAUGCAACCUAAAAUCUCUGAUUUUGGGCUGGCCAGGCUUUUCUCGGGAAGUCAAACUCAAGGCAAUACCAAUCGAAUUGCUGGCACAUAUGGUUACAUGGCACCGGAGUAUGCUAAAAAGGGGCACUUUUCAACUAAAUCCGAUGUCUACAGCUUUGGUAUUCUUGUUUUGGAGAUUGUCACGGGUCAAAAGAUCUCUAGUUUCCGCCACACAAUAAAUCUUCAAAGCUGUGCAUGGCAACACUGGACUAAUGGAACAGCUUUAGAGUUGGUGGAUCCUACAUUAGGUGGCCAAUGGCCAGAAAAUGAAAUUUUGAAUUGCAUCCACAUAGGGUUGCUAUGUGUUCAAGAAGCUUUCGCUGACAGACCUACAAUGUCACAGAUUGUCAUGAUGCUGAAUGGUUACACUAUGACCUCUCCCGCGCCAUCACGGCCAGGAUUUUACGUGUCAAAGGCAAAUUCUGGAUCAGCUUCAGGAACAGAUGAUUCUGGUUCAUCUCCGUUGCCAGUGUCAUUACAACAAUCUGUGAAUUGUGUUUCGAUCACUGACUUAUACCCUCGGUAGUGAUGUGAAAUUUUUAUAUGGAGACCUUUCUAGUUCAGCAAUUGGGUUCGCAUGACUGGCACACAAGUUAUGUUUGUGCUAGUUGACAGCUGAAAAUAGAGAAUCCAUGCUCCUGUGAGGUGAUAUUUAUAUGGAAACUAGUUUUGUUUGGUUUUACAGUUGACUGGAAAUUUAAGCAAGUUGUAGAGAUUUUGAUA